AUUUUCAGAAUAAAGAAAAAAACAAAUUAAUCGAACAUACGAGUAAAUAAAUAAAAAUCGUUAAAAUAUACAUUUAACAAGUGACAAUUAUUACAUACAUACAGGGAUAAUAAUAUAUAACCAUAUUUUCUAUACACGUAAUCGAAACUAUUUUUUUCGAUUUUUGUUCCCACAUUUUUAUUUGACCUUAAUCGAGAGAAAUAAUAAUACAACAAUAAUAACAAUUGUGUGACAUUUAAUAAUUAACGCACAUUUCGUCGAUGCUGGAAGAGUAGAAGAAAAUGAGGAAUGAAAAAGACCAUGUAUAAUAUUUCCGGCUCAGAGCAAAUUGGGCAUUGAAAUUAAUCGGCGGUGAUCGAUGAACGAUUCAUUGUUAUACAGAUAUUUUUGGAGUCACCACGACGACGACAAUGAUCACGAUGAUAAAGACGAUGACGACGAAGAAGACGAUUAAUGAACUGAAAAUAUUUUCCACGCCUAACUCACCGGAUAGUGAUUAAAUUCUUUUCAUUUUUUCCUCUCAUUUAUUUUCAGUCCUCAUCCCUUCGUCGUUGUUUUUGGUUAUCGUAAAAAAAAAAAAACAAAAAAGAAAAAAGAACACAGACGUAAAAAUUUUCGUUUCGUUUCGCUAAUACUUUCAUUCACGAAAUCAUCGAAUUCGAAUGAAAUAUAAUGUCGUAAGAAGGUGAUGGUAAUUAUGCUGCUACCGCUAUCGCUGUAGGAGCAGAUGAUUAACAAGAGAAAUGUAAGUGAUGGGUGGCGAGAAAUUAUGGUGGACGUGGGGAAUGGCAGGUCGUGGUACAUCGACGAAUGGCACCCUAAUUAUUGGGUCGUCGUCGGGAUCGCCUGCGGAAUCAUGGAAUGGUUCGGCGGAACAAGACGCGGUUUCCGUCUCUGGAAACGACACGUGGAACGAUCCCGGUACCGAGAGAACUCAGCACGAUAUCGUCGUCAUGAUCAUCACAGCUACCGUUUUAUGCAUACUGAUACUGACCACCGUGAUUGGGAACGUUUUCGUGAUUGCUGCUAUCCUUUUGGAAAGGAAUCUCCAGAGCGUUGCGAAUUAUUUAAUUCUAUCGCUCGCUGUUGCCGAUCUCCUGGUGGCUUGUCUCGUGAUGCCUUUGGGAGCCGUGUACGAGGUUUCCCACGAGUGGGCACUCGGCCCGGAACUCUGCGACAUGUGGACAAGCAGCGAUGUCCUGUGUUGCACAGCAUCCAUCUUACAUCUAGUCGCCAUCGCCCUGGACAGGUACUGGGCGGUGACAAACAUCGAUUAUAUUCAUCAACGGACAGGAAAACGAAUCGGUUUAAUGAUCGCAGUCGUUUGGCUCGUCGCGGCAUUAGUCUGCAUCGCUCCACUCCUCGGAUGGAAAGAUCCUCAGUGGGAAAAUCGAGUGAUACACGAGAAGUUUUGCCUGGUCAGUCAAGACAUCGGUUAUCAGAUAUUCGCGACGGCUUCCUCCUUCUAUCUUCCACUUUUUGUAAUCCUAAUAUUAUACUGGAGGAUAUUUCAAACGGCUCGAAAACGCAUCAGAAGACGGGUCGGGCAACCAGCGAAUCCCCCAGGAACGACGAAAACUAUGGGAGCGCCACCGAGACCAAUUGGCGGAAGUCACGCCGUCGGGGGAGCGUUGGCCCAGUCCCAAGUAUCCGGUGGAAUUGCUGCCGCAGUUGUAGCCGUAAUUGGAAGACCGUUGCCAACGAUAUCAGAAACAACGACGGCCUUCACGACGGUGAGUUCAACGAACACAUCGCCGGAAAAAACAUCUUAUCACAACGGUUUGGAAGCGGAUCCUCCAACAAUGGAAGCGUCCCCUCGUCUGCCGGUUUCGAGGAGAAAAAAGAUGGCGGCAGAUUCAAAGAGAGAACGAAAAGCGGCAAAAACUCUUGCCAUAAUAACGGGAGCUUUUGUCGUUUGUUGGCUACCAUUUUUCGUCGUUGCGAUUUUACUUCCGGUCUGCCAGAGCUGUUACAUAAACGAAUAUUUACUCGACUUCUUCCUGUGGCUUGGAUACUUCAAUUCUACUCUUAACCCGGUGAUCUACACGAUAUUUUCACCGGAGUUUAGGAACGCCUUUAAAAAACUUCUGUGCAGAAGACGGAGAAGCGUCGCCCGACGAAUGGGAGUACGUCAUUACAUGUAGGAAUGGGUUUAGGGUGGAGGUUACGAAAAUUAAUUCAUUCAUUUAUUCGUCAAUUUAUAUGCAGACGCGAGUAUAAAAAUCGCAAUAAUAAUUCACUCCACCGCGACAGAGAUGAGAAGAAAAGAAAGAAAAAAAACCGUUCGCAUCCCGCAAAGUUUGACCGAAAAAAUUAUAUAUCAAACGUAAACGAAAAAAGUAUGGACGAAAAAUCCCCGAUCGCGGAUCCACCCGGAUAAUCACAGUUCUAUUAUUCUACGCACAAAUAAUCAAAAAUCAUACGGGGAACGAGCCAGCAGUUCAAAUGAUUUAUCAGUCGCGCCCCAGUCGUAAUUCUUUCUACGAUGAUAUCCGUAGUUACUCAACCGUAGCUUCCUACCCUUAACACCUAUAAUAAUAUUAAUAACGAUGAUGAUAAUAAUAAUACGAUCUUUGUCGUAAUAUAAUGAUAAUAAUAACGUACCCAUUAAGGAUGAUUCCGAGGAAUAAUUACCGUACACGUACAGAUCAACCCCCUGGAGGCUGCACGAUGUCAUGUAGGUACGUACCAACGUACCAUCGUAGAAUCGAGAACACAAAAGUGAACGAAAGAGAGGAGAAAAAAAGGAGCGGGGUGAAACGGGCUCCGUAUGUACCUUUGACAUUUGGUUAACAGCCUGAAAGAUCGAUAUUCGAAUACCUCUACUCUACGAUAUAACGUACAGGGUGUCUGAUUUUUAAUCAUACCAUCCGAAAUAGGUCGAGAAAAUGACGGUCGUGCGAUAAAAAUUUUCGCUAAAAAUAUUUUUUGCGCUUUCGGAAAGGAGGGAAAGUCCGUUGUAAUAUUGUAAUCCUGAACCCCGAGAGAAAUGAGUGGAGAAAUCCAACGAAACGGUGUUGAUUUCUUCGAAUCGAAUGAUGCGAGUGCUGUAAAAUAAAAUCGGGGUAAAUAAAACUGAUAACGUAUAAGAUCCGUGCAUUCGGAAUACGAAUAUCGAAUAUCUCCGCAUCUCGCGCAAAAGAAAUUCAUCGUCACCGUUGUACUUCCUUUCCGUGAAUGUAAAACUUUUGCGCGAAACAACAUCCCGUUGAACGACUUCAUUUUCACACCUCAUCUUUCCGCCGGUAUUUUUUUUUUCCCAUUAUUUCACUUUUGGUAUUUACUGGUUUCUACUUCAUCGCGCUGACGACGAGAUUUUCAAUUCCCUUCGUGGAAUAUUCGCAUUUCGAAAUUGGUCGGUACUCGGUUUCGGGCGAACUUGUUGAUUAAGUUUAAAUCUGAUUAGAAAAUAGAAAUCUUCAAAGACUCCGGGAGGAUGAUAUGUACCGUGAAUACCACAUGACUGACGACGCAAAGUGGCACCCACUUUAUCCGAUGGGGUGUACAAGGGUAUAUAUUAUCAUUAUACGCGUUUCUCAUAUUCCAAAUCAUCUACACACACAUUUACACCGGUGUGAAUUCAUACCGCUCGCUUGUACAUAAUUCGCUGAUAACUUCAAGGUCUACUAGACCUAUUCACUUCGUUGAUGUUGAGAUCUUUGUGAAAUAAUUAAUUAGGUCACGAAUUCGAAGAAUAAGGAACAAUUUCCCCCGGCAAAAGUAACAAAACGGUGAGUGAAAGGAAAUUGAUUAACUAACAUCAUUUUUAUCAUCGUAAUAAAUUAUAUGACGAUGAUUUAUUUAUUUGAUUUUUUUUUGUAUUUACCGCCUUCGAUCCCCGGACGAAUCUACGCAGAUGGAGCAAACUGAUAUUUGCUUUUUCAAACAAUAUCCUUACAUGUGAAAUUAAUUGGAGAAAUGCCUAGUCUGUGACUUGUGCUCCCCACUUUCGAAGUUUUAAUAACAUGCUAAUUAGCCUCCGCCCGGACAACACAGCAGCAGCUAAACACUGACCCUUGAAGUUUUACGAGAACCAUUGACGGAUAUUUUAGCUAGAAUUUCAAUUAACGUGACUCACACAUUGCAGCACCGGUUUUCUCAUUCUUUCUUACCUACCUGCACUCGCUUUCAUCUCAAUUUGUUGCUUCAUUUUUUCGCCACUGUUUUGGCUUUCAUAGAUAUUUUUUGAGUAUUUCACUACCGCGCUAUAUUUGGAAAAUUUAUAAAAAAUUAUACGAAAAAUACGUAUAUAAAGAAAAUGCCGAGGUAUGCGCGUGUGACAUGUACGUACACAGACAACCGUAUAUCUCCAUACAUAUACGUCAUAUGCAUACCUCAGAAUAUAUAAAACUCUCCCCUUUCAGCUUUGGGAACUUUGAACUGUGAUAUCUACCUCGGAAAAGUUUAAUUAAAAAAUUUACAAGAUUCUUGAGAAAUUUUUUUUUUUGUUUUUUUUUCACCUCAUCCUAGUUUUCCUUUAUUUCUAUCUAUUUAUUAUAAAUUUAUUUUUCUCUCAUUUUAUGUUGGCUCAUAUUAUUUCUUUUUUUUUUUUUUUGACAAUUUCUGUGCAAGAACUUUUAAGUUUUGCGGCAAACGACACCUCUGACUUGAGUUUUUAUCCGGUUUUCUUCAUUUUUUUUUCAUUCUUCAUUCCUUUCUCUCUCUCGCUCUUUUCACUGCCAGUUUUCGCGGAGGUUCAGUAAAUUCUUUUGGUGCGAGUUGAAUUACCAUGGAGGACAGAAAAGAGAGGAAAAAAUUAAAAAACAAAGUUUUCUACUUUUUCCUUUACUUUUCUGAGCGACUAACUGAGACCGUACCAAAUUUUUCACACUCCGCGAGCAAACUCGCGCUCUUUUUUUCUUUUUUUUUUUUCUUUUGCUGAAAAAUGGAAAACGAAAAUAUAAUUGAAAGAAUAAAAACAGAGAAAACAACUCCACAAAUUGUCUGACACAGCUGCAACGUAUCUACUAAUUAAUAUGUUGGACAGACGUGCAGAUAAUUAGAUUAUCAUUUCACAUUUAAUCAUGAUUAUUCGUUUGGACCGACAAUAUUCUAGGAAAAUUUAUGCAUCUGAGAUGAUUUGAGUUUAUGUAUUCAUUCAUUUGAGACUAAUUGAGUUCAAAUACAACAGUGGUAUUUAAUUUUUUUGUUAUACUUGUUAAUCACCAUCAUCUCGAUCUGUCUUCAUUUCCGUUUUCGGUAUGAAUUAUUUGAUGUGGAGUGGCGUGAAUGUUCUUCGGAAUCAUGAAACGUACCGUCGCGUCUGGAAGAUGCACUUUUUCAAAGUCCGUUCUACGAGCAAACUGUAUACUUCUCGUCUAAAAAUAAUAAUCGUGAAUUAUAGAAAUAUAUAGAAUUCUAUUGACAAUUAUCAUUAUCAUUAUUGUUAUUAUUAUUAACACAAUCACAUCGCUAACCUUCUAUCUGUCAAUCAUCUAUCUAUCUAAUAGAUAUAAAACGAAAAUUAAACCUUAAGAAACAUCUGAUAAUGAAGAAUGGAAAAAUUUUUACUCCUGUUUCAAAACUAUCGGUAUAUAUAACGCAAAACGUAUACACUAAAUAAUAAAACAAUUAUUAUUUAUAGUCACGUAUCAAUAUUAUCAUUAUAAUUUCGAAGCUGAGGAAUUUACCUAAUUAAGAUUAAAAAUAGACCUAAUUUGAAACGUAAUUAAAAAGGUGACUAUUUUCAUUUAACAUUUGAUAGUUUGAUUAUAAUACUCAACUGUCAUACACCGAUGUGGGUGAAUAUAUUAUAUGAUAAUGUAAAUACGCGUACGUAAUUAAAUAUUCAAUGUUAAAGGAUGAAUAGGAAAUCACAAACUUAUUAUACGUACAUCUGUAUGAUACAUAGAUCAACUAAUUUAUGAAGAUAAACUAUACGUAUAUAAUAAAGUAAUUCGUUUUUUUUUUUCUAAUCUUUGUCUAUGAUAAUGAAAUAAGCUAUAUAUAUAUUUGAGUGUAACAAAUCGAGUAUAUUCUGAAAAAUCUGAAUGUGUACAGUAUCGUUACGAAUAAUAAUUUAAUUAUUUUAAGGACCAAAAAAUGCUGCUUCAAAAGAAAUUUAAGAGAAAAAAAAAAAAAAAACCCAACUGAAAUAAAUUUAUGAAUAAUCCCUAUGUGAUAGGAUGUAUUUAUAUGUACCUAUAUAUGAAUUGAAAAGUAAGAAAAAUAACCAAAUGCAUAUAAAUUAUAGUAUUCCUUCUUGUAAAUAAUUAUUGAUUAUAAAUAUACGAACAUCUUUCAAUUUACGUACAAAUAUGAUUAAAUAUAUAUGUAUUCAUAGGUAUACCACACAUAAAAACAUGGACUUCCCGAAAAUUGUUCGAACCUACUGUAAAGUAUUUCGAAUAUAAAUAUAUAAAUGGCAAUAAAUAUAAAUCAUCAAUUUUUAUUAGGAUACAGAAAUAUAUAUUAUAUUUAAAUAUAUAAAUAAUAUAUAUACACUACCUGUACAGGUAACGAAUGCACUUGUUCAUAGUGAUAGCAACUAUAGUACAUAAAAAUUGAAGUAUAUUCAGACUAAAAUCUAAAAAAAAAUCGGCAAUUAAAUUAAUCCAAAUGAUUGUCAUUGUAAAUGUAACUAAAUGUUAUGUAUAAAUACAUAUAUAUAUACGAUCUUAUUAUAAUGUCGUGGAUAAUAUACUAUACAUAAGAUUAUACCUACAUAUACAUACAUAUGAAGUAAUCAAAUAAAUCAAUCAAUUUGCUUUCUAAUUUAAUUAAUUACGCUGACAUAUAUAAUUGUAUACGUACUAUAUAAUGUACUAUAAAUGAAAAAAAAUUAAUCAACUAAUGAAAAAAUGUAAAUCGCGUAGAAAUAACGUAAAUUAGGAUUAUGAAAAAUAAAAGAAGAAACAAAAGUUAAAGAAAAAAAAAAUAACGGAAGGGACGAGAGAGAAGAAUAAUUUACUGUGAGGUACAAUCAUCAUCGCACUAUUUUAUAUGUGAUGCACAUGCAUACAUAUACAAUAUAGUAUGAAACAAUCAUAUAUGUAUAAUAAAAUUAUACCGUGUAAUGAAUCUCGAUUUAAAACAAUUUUCAAAUAAUAAAAGAAACAUCCAUAAAGAAGUAAAAAAUCUGAAACCAAAAAAAAAGAAACUUACUGCGAUGAAGCCUGCGAAAAUUGGAAAAAAAAACAGAAGAGAUCGAACGGAGAAAAAUUGAUUCUUCAAUUCCAAAUGCUUAUCCUCUAAUCGAUAUAGCGGACCCAAUACGCUUAUUGUAGAACUGUGUUAUUAGAUUUUGAAUGAAGUAAAAAAAAACUUGAAAAUAAAAAGGUAAAAAAAGAGACAGAACUAAACUAAACGAUGAGAAGACAAGAAUAAAUUACUCAAAAAACAAUCCUCGAAUAAAGUUAAUUAUACCUAAUAUAUAUCAAUGAACAGAUGUGUAUGUAUAGUAAAACAUUAAUCGAUACGAGCAUAAUAAUAAUAAUGAUAAUUCAAACGAUUGUGUAUGACGACGUCAAAAGAUAAGGAAAAUUAAAAUUAAAAGAACAAUGCUAAAUAAUGAUAAUUUUAAUUCGAAUAAUUACCAUGGACCAACAGACAAGAAGAACAAAGUAAAUGAAUCUAAUUGAUAUGACCUGACCCUAUAGAGAGCUCGGGAAUUGGGCUGAAAAACCGAAAUAGAAGAAAAUCUAAACGAGAUGAUUUCUGAAUUUCUCGAUAACCUUAUUCAGGUGCGACUAUGCAUAAACAGCCUUCAGACAGAAUAAUUUGAGAUAACGUUGCAAAAAAUUAUGAGACACGACGAAUCUGUAGUUAUAAAUUAACGAUACAUCUCGGUAUACAUUUACACGUACUAUAACCACGUGAUCGUCAUCUCGCCCCACCCCCACGUAGAAUUUAAUAUAAGACAAUGAAGAAAAUUAUAGUGAUGAUGGGAAAUAUUAUGGAAAAGAUAUAUCAUGUAAAUAUAUUUGAUUAUGGAAGUUUAUAACAUUGAAUUAAAUAUAUACGUAAAACCAGAGAGAAGGGAGAUAAAAAAAUUGAGAAAAAAAGAGUCGCUGUUACGGGGAUAUUGAAUUAAUAAUCUAACUGUAUGAGUAUAUAAGCGGUUAUGAAUAAAUAAAUAUAUAUCUAUAUACAUUAUACAUAUACAUAUGUAUGCGUGACUCAAACGAACUGAAUAUACCCUAUAAAUUAUAAUGACGUGUCUGAUCUACAGUAAUAAAAUGAUAUUGUUAAGAUACUCGAGGUUUGUUUAAGAGUAUUGAAUCAAUUAAAAUCAAUGGCUGUAUAUCAAACGGAGAGUGUAGAUGAAUUAGUUAAAAAAAAAAAAGAGGACAAAAAUGGUUACUUAUGUGUAAAAUAUAUUAAAUUCUAAAAUAUUCCUGAUCAAAAUGUUUAUCAUCACAUACCUGUACAGGUAUACAGCAUUUAGAAUCAGAAAUAGUUUUCUCUGAGAUGAUGAGGGAGUAAGUUUUUGGAAACCAUGGGAUAAAAAAUAAUCAAAAAGGAUAAAUUCAGUUUUGAUCCUAGAGUCUGGGUCACAUGUGAAUAAUUAUUUGUAAAUCAACACAGCUUGAAUAUGACCCCCUGUAAAACUGAGCCCCUAAAAACCAGGGGGUUAAAUUCAAACACGUUUUUUCCAAAUAAUCAUUCACUCUCUUUAGAUUCCCAAUAUCUUUCUAUGCCGACAUGUGAUUUUAACUGUUCUCUCAUUUUUUUUCGAGUUUUUAUCAAGUUCGUUUUUCGUUUUUUUUUGACAUGAACUAUAUUGAAGAAAAAUUCUUGUAAAACUCGUGUAUGAAAUAAAACCCCUUCCGGAUAUCGUGUACACAAA